AUGAAUAAAUUUUAUAUUCAAUUUUUUUUUUUUCUUUUAAGUGUCUCAGUAUAUCUGAGUGAUAAAACCCUUGCAACUGAGCUAUCUCCAAGAAGAGAUACAACAGCCGAACCAAAAAGUCAUUAUCUUGUUUUAGAAGAAAUAUAUGAAAAAAACAAGCACUUAUUGUGUACCGACCCAGAAGAACCUAUAAACGCGGAAAAAUUUAUGAAAGAAGCUGUAGAAAAUUUUAAGUAUCAUGCUACAUGUCUAGAUGGCUAUGAACAUAUUGAAAGAAAUCCUAAUUCUUCUGUGUUUUAUUUCAAAAAAAGACAUGAAGGUCAUAUAGUUGAAAAAGUUGAAUAUAGAUUUCAUCAUCCGGAUAUGUAUAAUGAAGUAGUAAACAAGUCAUGGAAUUUCGAUAAUGUCAAAUUUCCCAAUGCUAGUUCUGUUAAAAGAAAAAUUAUUCGUGUGUACAAUCCAAAAUUAGUAAUAAUGCAGCAACGUUACAAAAGUUGGUUUGGGGGCCGUGAGAAAUAUUUUCAUGUUUUAGCUUCAAAGGUUCAAAUAUCAGCAAACACAACAUUAGUUGUCAUGGUUUCAGCAGAUAUAAAUGAUCACAAUCCUUCCAAAAAAAAAUAUGAAAACAAAAUCAUAAAAACCAAAAAUGUAUUCAAAACUGACAUAGAUUCUGAAGAUGAUAUUAGAAAAGGAAAAUUAAAAAAAACGUUUGUUAACAUAGCUGGAUACUUCAUCCAAAAAUACAAUGCUUUUAUUGAUAUCACCUUUGUCGGAUCUAUUGAUGGACAUUCUUGUAUUUAA